AUGCUGCCCGCCACCGCUGCCGCCGCCCGCAGCAGCCGGAAGGCUGCUGCUGCUUCCUCUUUCGCGCUGCUGCAGCAAAUCCGCUGCGCCUCCAAAGACAUUCGAUUUGGCUCGGAGGCCCGCAUGCAGAUGCUCGCAGGGUGCAACAGGCUGGCGGACGCGGUGGGGGUGACGCUGGGCCCGAAGGGCCGCAACGUGCUGCUGCAGCAGCCCUUCGGGGCCCCGAAAAUCACCAAAGACGGAGUGACAGUGGCGAAGGCCAUAGAGCUGCAGCACAAGACGGAGAACUUGGGGGCGCAGCUGCUGCGGCAAGUUGCUGCAGCAGCAAACGAUGCAGCAGGAGACGGAACCACAACAGCAACAGUCCUCGGCAGGGCCAUCUUCAAGGAGGGCUGCAAGGCCAUCGACGCGGGCAUGAACCCCAUGGACAUCCUCAGAGGCGAGCUGCUGCUGCUGCUGCGCUGCUGCUGCUGCUGCGCUGCUGCUGCGCUGCUGCUGCUGCGCUGCUGCUGCUGCGCUGCUGCUGCGCUGCUGCUGCUGCUGCUUUGCGGCGGUUGCCGGCCGUUGGCGGUCUGCGCUUGGGUGCGUGGCGGCGGCCGCGGGCGCCGCUGCCGCUGCUGCAGCUGCGGCUGCUGCUGCAGCAGGAGCUCCGCGUUUGCUGCUGCUGCUGCUGCUGCUGCAGGGAUAAAGCUGGCGGUGGCGGAGGUGCUGCGGCGGCUGUCUGCUGCGCGGAAGGAAGUGAGCACGCGGGAGGAAAUAGUUGCUGUUGCAGCAAUCAGCAGCAACGGAGACACAGAAGUGGGGCAGCUAAUUGCUGCAGCAAUUGAGAAAGUGGGGCGCGAAGGAAACAUCACUGUUGCUGAGGGGCGGGGACUGCAGCACGAGCUGGAAGUUGUCGAGGGUUUGAGGUUUGAGCGAGGGUUUCUGAGUCCCUUUUUUGUCUCCGACAACCAGCAGCAAAAAGCAAUUCUCCAAAACCCUUAUUUGCUGCUGCUCGACAAGAAGCUGCAGCAGCUGCAGCUGCUGCUCCCCGCCCUCGAGUUCGUGCUGCAGAAGCAGGCCGCGCUCCUCAUCGUUGCCGAAGACGUCGACAGCGAGGCGCUGGCGACUUUGGUGGUGAAUAAGCUGCGGUUGGGUUUGAGGGUUUGCGCGGUGAAGUCCCCAGGGUUUGGCGACAGCCGCAAGGCGCAGCUCUACGACUUGGCCACUCUCACAGGCGCCAAGGUGGUGGGCGACGACUUGCCGUCUGUGGGAGACGAGAAGUUGGACAUCGUUUCCAUGCUGGGCAAA